GAUUUACUCCAAGCAAAGUCUGACAAAAUAUGCCACGUGCAAACUAGGAUUAUCAUGGCAGCUAUGGAUCCCAAACCUGUAAAGCUACAAGAAAAUGUAAUUUUGACGUUCAAGAACCUGAAGAAUGAUCCAAGAGAGAAGCAUUGCACAUUCUGGAGUGGCCUCAGCGAAAGUCAAGACGGAUUUUCGAAAGAUGGAUGUCAUGUAGUUACAUCCCUAAGCAACACAGAAGAAACAGUCUGCAGCUGCAAUCAUUUGACUCAUUUUGGUGUCUUAGUCGAUUAUAGUGGUGCCAGUGUGCUGUCUCAGAAGUACGAAGAUAUUCUGGAGAUUAUCACCUACAUAGGAUUAAGCCUUUCCAUUAUCGGAAUGAUUCCAACCAUAAUCAUGUAUUCCUUGUUCACAGAUGUUCAUGAACCUCUCACUCAAAUACGACUGAGUCUCGUCGCAUCAAUCGCAGCUGGUCAAAUAAGCUUUCUCGCUGGAAUGCACGCCUUGGAUAACCCAGCCAUUUGCAUCACAGUAGCAGUUCUUACGCAGUAUUUCGUCAUGGCCGCUUUCUGCUGGAUGCUAGUGGAAGGAAUCUACUUUUACUUGUUGAUUGUGAAAGUUUACAACAUCAGCAAUAGGUUGAUAGUGUAUCACGUCAUGGCAUGGGGUUUCCCCAUCAUUAUGGUCAGCACUUCUCUCAGCAUUGCGAUUGGAAAAGGAGGGAUUCAAAGCUACACCAGCAAUAAAUAUUGUUGGUUGCCGUCAACGUAUGACUUGAUCUGGAUAUUUGUUACAUUUCUGACGGCAACUGGAGUUCUUAACAGUUUUAUACUCGCACGUAUCACAAGGAAGUUGACCACACUGCCGCAAACAAGAGCCAACAAGAUUCUGCGAGUCCGACUUGGCAUCAGAACAUGUGUUCUGAUGAUUCCCCUUCUUGGCAUCACUUGGUUGUUUGGUCUUCUGUCACCACUACACAAGGCUUUCGCCUAUAUCUUUACCAUUCUCAACUCUACUCAGGGUGUCCUGAUUUUCAUCUUGCAUCGUAUACGUAUGAGAAAUAGCGAGAUUGAGGAGCGAUUGGAGAGCAAAAUUGAAACAGAGACGAUUGGUCAGAUUAGAGCUCGAAUGAAAGCUCGAACGAAUGCUGUUUUCCCAUCUCCGAAAAGAUAA